AUGGCAGAUGAUGAUCCCGACGUAAAACAUUUAAAGCGAUGUUUUCAAGACAUGAUUGCAAUUGUUCAUCAAACAGUCGAACAGCUACGACCCAAAAAAUCUGAUUCGGAAUCGGAUACUUUGUAUGCUAACACGGUAUUGAAUACAGGUGUCUUUACAUUUACAUUGAAUAAGAAUGACGAUGAAGAGAUGAGUAUACUUAGAACAAAUCUAGAAAGUGCCAUCAAUAAACAUCGACCACACCUCUCUAGCAUAUGUCAGCGAUAUCUUUUAGAGUUUUUAUGUCAAUAUCAUUACGAUGACCAAGAUAAAAAAUUCACCGAUUCGUUUACCAUGGAAAGUCUAUAUCCAUUCGAAUGUGCCCUUGAGGGUGCGCUCACAUCUAUUGACACUUUUGUAGCAGCAUGGCAAGGAAAGCUAGCACCUGUCAGAGAUUUUAUUAAAGAUUAUCCAACAUUCAAAGAUAAACCAGGUCUUCACGGCACAACUCUUUUAUAUUCAGCGGCAAAAAAUAAUCAUUUAAGAAUCGUAAAAUAUCUUGUUGAACAUGUGCAAUGUGCUGUUAAUGCUCAAAAUCUUCAAGACCUUGCAAAAGCAUUGAGUGGAGCGACAGUAAAAGGAGGAAGUGGACACUUUAAUGCAAACCCAUCGGCUGCUUCUACAGCCCUGCACGGUGCAUGCUUUGAUGGACAUUUGGAGAUUGUCGAGUACCUGAUCGAACAUGAAGCUGACUACUUCAUUUUGAAUCAAGCUCACGAAACACCAAUUGAAAAUGGAAAACGGCAUGACAAAAUUCGAGAGUUUUUCGAAAAAUUUUUAAUACUCGGCUAUUCUCAGAUAAGUAGAACUUUGCCCGAAGUACCUAUCACAGAAAAGACAACAGUAACAACAAUGUUCGAUUGUAUUUGGGAACAUAAAUCUCUCUCCAAUAACGAAUGGCACUCUUUUUCGGCCGAUGAAUCUAAGGAACUGAGUCAAUCCCUGAUCGUACUACCUGAUCAGGAAAUGAAACGCGACAUUUAUUUAAGUGUGCGCUCUGAUACCUAUACUGUUUCGCUGAUUCGGUUUCUACGAUCGGGUAAAAAUCGUGAUCCAACGAAUAAUUUGGCAUGGGUUCGUUGCCGUGGUUCAUCAAUUGCGAACUUCGAUUGCUAUGCAUUGUGGCAGAUUAUGAUCGUCGAACAUCCAAAUCUAAAGCCGAAUGAUUUACCAUCAUUAGAACCCGUUGAAGUACCAAGAAGUUAUGAUAGCCGAUUUCAGUUGCAGCUUAACUGUUGGUAUAAUUGUACGCCACAAAUCAGUGCAAAACUUGAUCAUGCAAUUAAUUAUCGACGGAAAAAAACUCCAUUAGAUGUUGACUUAAUCACUAGUGAUAUUCUGGAAUUUGAUUUACAAUUAUUUACAUUUAAUAAUGAGAAAAAAACAGUAGUCGGUUUCAUAAGAUGGCUACCGAAGUUAAUUUCGAGAAAACAACAAGAUUCAAGUAGAAUACGCGCAAUUGAUAAUUUUCAAAACUUAGCUAAUGCAGAUCCUAUACCAUUUACUACAGCAAGACUUAAACAACUAUCACAACCUAGUGACACACAGUCAAUUGUGAGUGAAGAUGAUGCGUCAGUUGAUGGAGAUUUAGACAGUCCUGUGGCACAAACACUGAUGAAUGUUGAUGAAGGAGACGAAGAUACUUUCAUCGCUCGCAGAGAGACUAACAACAGAACGAACGAUGGGUUUUGGUCUGUGAAAGAUUGUCAAAAAGAUGAUGAUACAGAAUCAGUGGCUAGUGACGAUGCAAGAAGUGAAAUUCUUGAUGAUUAUUUAAGCGAAGCGUCAAAACCAAGCGCUGCACUGUCUGCAUUGGUAGAAUCAAUAUCUGCUCAUCGUCAGGAAAUCGACGUCAUCAAAGCUGAUCUAGAAAGAAAGGAUCAGGAAAAUCGAAUACUCCAAGAACAGCUGGAUGCUGCUAACGAGGAAAUGGAUAGACAACUGAACGAUGAUAGAAAGAAGACGGAUAAACUUAAAAAAGAGCAAGAAUCCGAUAAACGUAAACAAGAGCAAGAAUUGAAUAAACUUAUUCAAAAGAUCAGCCAAUUGACUGCUGAACAAAGAAGAAUCGAAGCAGAGAAGGUUGACGCUCAAAAAAUAGAACGAGCCAUCAAAGCUGUCGACUAUAAGGGUAUCGAAGCAGAAGUUAUACAGGAUAUUUUUACACCAAAAUUUAGUCUCAUACUCGAUCAUUUGAAGAAAACAAAGACUCAAUUUGGCAACCAACUGAUGAAUAAAAUACCACAAAUGCGAUUCGAUAGAAAAACAAAUGUAUACAUUGUAACUAUUAUUGGAUUCCCGGAACAUCAUGAAACAUUCAAAUUGAUUUUAAAACAAGCACAACAAUUACUUCGUUUAAAACAAGGCGCUGUUACUUUUUAUGAACGAAAAUUGGAUAAGAUGAAAAACGGAAUCCGACGUGAUCUUUCGAAAGUGAAGCCCAAAACACAGCUGUGGAAACAGUACGAAAAAUUAUUCGUUCAAUUCAUUAACGAAAAGUCGAUUGAAUAUGCAAAGAUGUUCAGUGAUUGCAUAAGACAAAAAGCAGACUCACUAAUCGAACAAUGUAUUUCUAACGAUAUGACUACGAUUCGAAAUGAAAUUUACACCCAAACAAAUAAUUUCAUGAAAGAUAAUAAUAUAUUAAUCAAAGAAGUCGACUCACUUAAACUGAAAGCACUUGAAGAAUUUAUCCAACAAAAUAUUACCAAUCAACGAACUCGUCUCGAGAAAAAGCCAACACCAAACGCAAUAGACACAUUGGAAAAAUUUAUUGGAAGAGUUAGAAAUACAAUGAAAACGAACCCAAGAUAUGUUGGUCACGAAGUAAAACAUUACAGUCUAAUACCGGAUCUGUUACAACGAUUAAUGUUGUAUUAUUGUUCUUUUAAAAUACAAUUACCCUUGUAUGAGUCGUCGAUUGAAUUAUUGGAUAAAAUUGAAAAGAAUACAGUGGUAACAAUUGCCACCUCGACCGGAUCAGGUAAAUCGACUUUACUACCAGGAUUACUCGCUGCUGAGGGGUACGAUAAAAUUAUUGUUACACAACCGCGGCGUCUGCCCUGUAUGCUGAUUUCUGAACGUGUCAAUACAACAAUGACAAUGGUGAGCGAUCCCAACUCGCAAAAAUUGGCUGGUUGGGCUGUUGCUGGUGCUGAAAACAAUCAAAAUGCGAAAGUUAUAUAUUUGACUGACGGUCUACUCAAAGAGCGUCUACUCCACGAUGAAAAUUUCAUCACAAAAGACACCCAAUUGAAUAGAUCGAUCGUUUUCUUUAUCGAUGAAGUUCAUGAACGCUCAGUUAAUAUUGAUCAUUGCUUAGCAUUAUUAGCACGCAUAUUAACACUGCACCCUGAUUUAAAAUCGAAAAUCAAAUUAAUUAUUUCCUCUGCUACAUUAGAUACAUCUGUUCCAAAACUAUUUCGUCAAAUACCCCAAGUAACUUUUGCUGCAUUUGAAAUGCCACAAAUGGGUACUAUAUAUCCUGUUGCUAAAGUCGCUCGUCCAAAUGAAAACAUACUGAACAUCGUACAAGAAUUAUAUCAAGAUCGUCGGCGAUACGAUCAAAUUCUUUGUUUUGUUAGUUCGGUGAAGGAAGUUAACGAAUGUGUUACUUUAUUGAAAAAGAUCACUAGUGGAGCCAUUACUGCUUAUCCACUUGUUCAAUCACAACAAGCAUCUGUUCAACAAGAGUACAUCGAAACGGGCAGUGUGUUCUUUUCAACAACAGUUGCCGAAACUUCGCUGACAUUUCCUCAAUUGAAGUUUGUCAUUGAUACUGGCAUGAUUAAUGUGCCAGUCUAUGAUCCACAGUCGAAGCGAACAGUCCUUAAAGUCGGACGUGCAGCAGAAUCUACGAUAAAACAACGUCUAGGACGAUUGGGUAGAACACAGCCCGGUACUUACUAUUCAUUGUAUAAUUUUAAAGUCGAGGACCAACGAUACCCAAUACCACAAAUAUGCCAAUCCGAUCUGAUGAACAUCGAAUUUUCUCUGAGAAAAUCACCACUGCAUAAAGGAUUAGAAUAUAUGAAAAAUUUCUUACCAGAUAAACCACCACAACCAAGCAUUGAUCAUACAGUUCAGGAGCUUCGCAAUUUAGGCAUUUUGGAAAAUGCUCCAAGCGAAUCAUUAACAAGUCACGGCAGAGCACUUGCCAAAUUGCCAGAUUUUGGUUCAUUAGCAAUGUCGAAAUGCGUCUUAGCUGCACUAAAAGAAUAUAAUUGUGGACGUGAUCUCAUAGUUCUUUCAUCUAUUUUAAGUGUUUUGAAUACAACUACAGUGUUGAAAAGUGUACCACAACAGUUCAAAAGUGCGGAUGGUGAUUUUAUGACAUUGCUAAAUGUGAUGGAUCAGAUUUUACUUGUCAAGAAAUCGGUAAAAUCCAAUGAAUUUCGCUUAGAACCUAUCUGCCAAUCAAAAGGUUUGACUGGCAUUCAACAUAUUAUAAAGCAAGCGUUGAGACGCCAAAUAAGUUUAGAAAAAUCAUUUAAUUUAUCACCAGACUUUCGUACACAAGCGCAGGUUAAAUCGAACGAUUGGGAAUUAAUUGCUAAAUCAUUAUUAGUCGGAUAUUACACAAAUGUGUUUGCAUCGACGAAAGAACUGAAAGAUAGACAUGAUCUUUUUGUUCGGUAUAAUGACUCGAUCGAUAGUGAUAUUGCCAGUUUGGAUUCACAAUCUGUUCUAGCUCGAACAGUGAACAAAACUCCUCCGGCUUUAGUUAUAGCUCGAGAUAUUCGUUAUUCGACAUCAGUGCGUUCAAAGGCUAUUCUUUCGUUUGUUGGCGAAAUAAAACCUGACUGGGUUGAAUAUCAAGUUACACGUAACUUACAGUUGAAUAGCGAAGAAGAAACACGGCUAAACACUAACAAUUUGUUUAAAAAUGCUGUAUCGAAAUUUUCGCACAGAAUUUCAAUGGCUUUGAAUAAUACAACCAAGUCUGCUAAGCUAUCGGGUCCAGCAGGGACUGUUUUCAAUGGCGAAUUACAUCUUCGACAAAAUAUGGAGGAAGAAUUUCAAUUUCAACUAGACUGUACAAAUCCACUAAGUCCAGCAAAACGUACGAAUUUAACCCGCAAUUUAGAAAGUAUAAUGAAAAUGCCGUAUAUAUUUAAACCAAUGCAAUGGCGCUGGGAAAAUCAAAAGCAAGUGACAAUAACAAUUAACUGCAAUUCGUCAACGAAGACUUGUGAUGUGACAGUGAAAGGAAGAAAUUUAGAAUAUAAAAAUGUGAAAAAAGAAUUUGAUUCAUUUUUGAAAUGGUUACAAGACUGUGCCGUCAUUCGGCACCCUAAUUCAGGUGUUCCUCCACGUGUUUUUCGUCCUCAAGUACGAUCAAAAUAUCUUGAUAUCGAAGAACGAAUAGCGCGUAUUACCGACAGUAAACGAACGACUGUUGAUUUAUACAACGGUGCAAAAGGGACGAAGGCAACGCGUGAAACACGAAUGGAAGUUGUAGCUUGGAUAGCUGUUUGUUUGUUUUCGUGUAAACUGGAGGGUGGUUUUGUACGUGAUUGGGUUAUUGGCAACUAUACGGCACGACCAGCGGGUCUUACAGGAAACCCGAAAGCAUGGAUUUCGUAUACCAAUGGGGUACCUUAUUUGAACAGAGAAGUCGUCCCAGCUGAUUUAGACUGUCAUUUACCAACACAUGCUUAUUUCGACAUUGAUAGAUUUCACGAUGAACUAUACAAGUAUGAUAUUACAUGUAAAGUAUCUCGGCAAGAUUGGCGCUAUGUUUUGCUAAUUGAUGAAGAUGCCCCAACGGGUCCAUUUACAAUGGAUUUGAUUGAACCACAUGUCGCAUUAACUCAUGAUCGUAUUGACUUUGAUGUGAAUGAUUUAUCAUUAGAAAAAGACUACACACACGAAAUAGGAAUGCGUGUUGAUAUUCAGCAAAGACCAUAUUUAAUUGAAAUCGAAGCGAUAGUUGAUAAUAUCAAAAAUAAACGCUUUCAAGUACUACGUCCGAUAGAUAAUUUUCUUACUGAGCGCAUUGACAAGAUGAUAAAUAUUCGACAUUGGACACAGAUGGGAGAACCAUUUUCAGUUGUACCAAAUCCAAAUCCAAAAUAUUCUGCCGUUCUUGUAACAUUACCACCACCAUCAAAGCUUUAUCGAGAUUUACAGACAGAGAUGCAAAAAAUCGGUAGCGUUACAAUCGUGUCCAUUGAACAGGUGAAAAAUCCUCUAUUAGAGGAUACAUACGAAUCAAUGAAAAAGUUAAUCGCUAAGCAAUGCAAAGGUUCCAAUCCAAACGAACGGUCACUUUUCCAUGGUACAAAAGGAGAAGGUAUCGAUGGCAUCAGAGAUGAUGGUUUCGACGAUCGGUAUUUCAGUCCAACUGGCAAUUGGGGUCAUGGUGCAUACUUCGCUGAUGAUCCUAAAAAGUCUCAUGGUUAUACGGCUGCAGAUACAACAGACCAAACGCAUGUCAUGUAUUAUUGCAAAGUUGUGCUAGGCGUGGAGUCAAAACAAACAGCAACUAAUCAACAGUUAGUAUCGGCACCGAAGGAUACUCAUUCAGUCGUAGGAACAUUGGGUGGUUUCACCGAAUAUAUUGUUUAUCGUUAUGGUCAAGCUUUGCCCUACAUGAAAAUAACCUAUAAAGGGUAA